AUGACUCGGGUGGUUGUUAAUACCGGGAAGCUGAUCCUGGGGAAGCACAUCCAUGUCCAGGCAUGGCGCCAGAUCACGGUUGGUAUCGCCCGACGGAAAUUCGCUGCCACCGAAGCCAAUCUGCUGAUUGAGGAAGGGGAGGGGGUGGACGAUGAGGACCCACACUCUAUGCUCGGUAGCAUGUCGGAUGUAUUACACUGGCAAGCCAGCCACACGCCCCAUACCGGGAAUCGGGUGUACGGCGGGACGGUGAAUUUCCGGGCAGGGUUGACGGAUGCCGGGCUACAGGAGUACCGACACAUCAGCCAGCUGUGGCACCGGUUCGUCCGUGAUCCCCUGCAUUUUGAGCCGGCCGUAGCGACCCCACGUCGCAUGUUCCCGCAGUGGGUGAGCCCAUCCACCACCCGGCAGGGCGGACCGCGAACGGCAUGGGAGUGGGAUGAAACCCCUGCGAGUGUGACUGGCAGUGUUGAGACAGCAUCCGUGGCCACGCCCUCGAAGCGGCGGAGCCGGCGACGAUGGCGCAUGGAGCAGGCCAUGGAGGUGCUGCAGCGGAUGUAUGGCCCUGACGCACGGUAUUGGUCGGACGGGCAAGAGCAGGCCAUGCAGCAUAUUGUGGCGGGCGCAGGGCAGGUGCUGGCAAUCCUGCGGACCAGUGAAGGGAAGAGUUUGCUGUACCUCCUGCCGUGCCAGCUGCCAGGGGCCGGCACCACCGUGGUGAUCCUGCCGUUGGUGGUGCUCAAGGAUGAGAUGCAGCGCCGGUGUGCGGAGGCCGGAAUUGCAGCCCAUAUCUGGGAGGCGCAGACCGAUCCUGACCGGUUAUAUUCCUGUCCACUGAUCAUGGUCGCUGUUGAGCAGGCCGUGCGGCCCAAGUUCCGUGACUUCCUCAACCGACAGCACAUGGCGAACCAACUCGACCGGGUGGUUUUCGAUGAGUGCCAUCUGGCGGUCACCGCGGUGUCAUACCGAGCAGUAAUGGGGCUCCUGCCGCAGUUACGCGAUCUAGAAGUUCAAAUGGUGUUCUUGACUGGGACCCUGCCACCAUUCAUGGUCGUCGAGUUUGAGAGGGGGAUGUUGUUGCGGGGAGCCCGGAUGAUCCGUAGCCCCACCACGCGGCGGGAUAUAUAUUUCCAGGUCCGCCAGUGCCCACCCCACCACGAUCUCGUCCGUGACUUUGCCAUUCCCAGCAUUCAAGAAUCCAUUGCGCAACUCCAGCCUGGCACCCGAUGCAUUAUUUACGGCUGGCAGAUUGCCAUCACGGAGCAGAUCGCUGAGGCUAUUGGUAGUCCCAUUUACCAUUCCAAGUCGGGUAGUGUGGAGGAGAAGGCCGAGGUUUUACAGCACUGGCGGGAUGGUCAACCGGCGUGGGUUGUUGCCACCUCUGCAUUUGGGUUGGGAAUCGACCAUCCGGCAGUGCGGUUAGUGGUUCAUGUUGGGGUUCCAUGGAGUCUGAUCGAUUUCGCGCAGGAGGUUGGGCGACUGGGACGAGAUGGGGCCGGUGGGCAGUCUGUCGUGUUGGUUCCCCCGCAGUGGAAGCCCACGAGCACCACCCGUGAGGGACGACCCCUGGGCUUGGCUGAAGCAGCAAUGCAGACCUACCUCUCCACCCCUACAUGCCGCGUGUUGGAACUCUCCCGAUUCCUGGACGACGACGCCUGCCCCUGUCAGCCUGGGGCGCUGUUAUGUGACCGAUGCAUCCAAGCCGGUGCGGUUUGUGUUCCUGAAACGACCCCCACGCCUAGCCAUGCCAGUGAUGAGGCGGCGGUGGGUGAAGCCGAUGACGAUGACUUGGCUGAUUUGCGAGCUGGGGGUGAAGAGCUUCGGCGGCAGGUCCAGACGCAGGCACGUUCUUUGGCCGACUACACUGCAUCCCUCCGGGCGUGGCGUGGAAUGUGUAUGAUCUGCUACCACCUGCCCCGUCCUGGCUCUGGGGUAGGGUCCCAUGCGCGACACCCAUUGCAGGCAUGCCCUAAUGGGCGGCGAUUUGAAUUUUUCGACGCGAAAAAGCAGGCCCAGGAAGAGGGGAAAGGGCGAGGUGGGUGGUUUGGUAAGUUUAGUAGCUGUUACUGGUGUUUCAACCCAUGGGUGGUCUGUGACCAGCAGAGACCGGGUCGGUGCGAGUUCACGGACCUUGUGAUGCCUAUUUGCUGGGCUGUUUACCAGAAGCCCACGUGGGUGCAGCAGUACCUAGGUGAACUAGGCGGGGGGCAUGUGGUGGACGACGAGGCAGGGUAUAUGUUAUGGCUGGGACUGGAUCAGCCAGUGCAUGGGGAAGUGGCUUCAAAUGCGGUCCUUGUUGCAGAUUUUGUGUUACGACAGAUGGAUGCAGGCCGAUAG